AGUAUUACAUGCCUCGCACGUUGUUCCCCUUACGUGCCUCCAACGAAAACAAACAACGUAAAAAUAUUAUCCUUCCCAUAAACAAAAAAAAAAAAAAAAAAAAAAUAUCAAUUCCCACCAAAAAAAAAACGCAGAUUUACAUAACAGAGGUUCGGAGAUCGUGUCUCCGGCGAAGAACCUUCAAAACCUCGUUUCGUGUUCUUCAUCCUUCGUCGUUGUCCUUUUCCGUCAUUUGUCACAUUCUCUCUCUCUCUCUCUCUCUGUGCCGACAUUGAUGCUGAACCUCUCACCGUCUCCGUCUCAUCCGCCGCCGUCGUAACCGCUAAUCUCCGGGAAUAAUGGGAGGAGGCGUUGUCCUCCUCCUCCUCCUCUUAAUUUCCCUCUUUGCCCACAGAUCAAAUUCCUCUUCUCCUCCUCCUUUCACUCCCGUCGACAACUAUCUCAUCGAUUGCGGGUCUCCCGCCGGGACAAAACUCCCCGACGGUCGGAAUUUCAGAUCUGACACAGAUUCCGUCGCCUUCCUCCAGACCGAUCAAGACAUCCAAACCUCUGUCGACUCCGUUCCCGUCAACCCAGAUCGUCUCUCCUCCCUGUCUUCUUCCUCAUCUCUCCCGUUGUACCGCACGGCGAGGAUCUUCGCCGGGAAAUCGACCUACUCCUUCUACAUUUCCCGGCCCGGCCGUCACUGGGUCCGCCUCCACUUUUACCCUCUCCCUCACCCACUGUUCAAUCUCACCACCGCCGUCUUCUCCGUCACCACCGACGCCACCGUCCUCUUGCACGACUUCUCCGCCAGGGACACCUCCUCCCUCGUCUUCAAGGAGUACCUCAUCUACGCCUCCGAGAAACUGUCCGUACACUUCAAUCCCCACAAGGGCUCUGUCGCGUUCAUCAACGCCGUCGAAGUGGUCUCCGCCCCCGACGAGCUCCUCCCCGAUUCGGCUUCAUCCGUUCCUCAGGCCCCUGAUUUCAAGGGCUUGAGCAACUUCGCCAUUCAAGUCUCUUACCGGUUGAAUGUCGGAGGCGACAUGAUCACGCCGAGGUUCGACACUCUGUCUCGCACGUGGCUGCCUGAUAAACCCUUCAAUUCCUUCCCCGACGGCUCGCGGAAUGUGAGCGUUGAUCCGAGCACGAUCGAUUACCCAGAAGGCGGUGCGACUCCAUUGAUCGCUCCUUAUCCGGUCUACGCCACGGCGGAUCAGAUGGCCGACUCGAAAACCAUCGACCCAAACUUCAACCUGUCGUGGACCAUGUCCGUGGAUCAGGGACACGACUACUUUAUCAGACUACACUUCUGUGACAUUGUCAGCAAAUCGCUCAACGACCUCGUCUUCGACAUCUACAUCAACAAGCUCUCUGCUGUCUCUGGCUUCGAUCUCUCGUCCAAAACCAACGCCUUGUCCACAGCGUUCUAUGCAGAUUUCGUGCUCAACACCACCGCGAUCACCAAUGGCUCGAUCAUGGUUCAGGUGGGUCCGACCCCAAAUGGUCAGUCUGGUAAUCCCAACGCGAUUCUGAAUGGGUUAGAGGUCAUGAAGCUGAACAAUGCAGCCGGGAGCCUGGAUGGGCUUUUCGGGGUAGAUGGAGAGUACAAAGGCAGUGAAAGCGGGAUGUCGUCGAAGAAGAUCAUCAUUGCUGGUUUCGGAUUCGUGAUGGGAGUCACGGCUCUGUUCGGGGUGGUGAUGUUACUCGUCCGGUGGCAAAGACGUCCUAAAGACUGGCAGAAACGCGAUAGUUUCUCGUCGUGGUUGCUCCCUCUGCACUCAAGUCACUCAAGUUUUCUCUCAAGCAAGAGCAGUACGUCGAGACGGAUGAGUAUUUUCGGGUCAAGGAAAAGUAAGAGCAGCGGAUUCUCGAGCUUCUUCUCGAACCAGGGACUAGGCCGGUUCUUCACGUUCAGUGAACUACAGGCUGCAACACAGAACUUCGACGAGAAAUCCGUGAUUGGAGUCGGCGGGUUCGGAAAAGUAUACAUCGCAGAAAUCGAUGACGGGACCAAAGUCGCGAUCAAGCGAGGAAACCCGAGCUCAGAACAAGGAGUGAACGAGUUUCAGACUGAGAUUCAGAUGCUGUCUAAACUCAGACACCGACACCUCGUCUCCCUGAUCGGAUUCUGCGACGAACAACAAGAGAUGAUCCUCGUAUACGAGUACAUGGCCAACGGCCCCCUCCGCGACCAUCUCUACACCUCAAAGGACGACCCUAACCCUAAACCUACCUUGUCAUGGAAGCAACGUCUCGAAAUCUGCAUAGGAGCGGCUCGUGGGCUGCACUACCUCCACACGGGCGCGGCCCAGGGGAUCAUCCACCGGGACGUGAAGACCACGAACAUCCUCCUGGACGAGAACCUGGUGGCUAAAGUCUCGGACUUUGGACUUUCCAAAGCUGCCCCCAUGGAGCAAGGGCAUGUCAGCACGGCGGUGAAGGGCAGUUUCGGGUAUUUGGACCCAGAAUACUUCAGACGACAGCAGCUGACGGAGAAAUCGGACGUGUACUCGUUCGGAGUGGUGCUGUUCGAGGCGCUGUGUGCCCGGCCGGUGAUAAACCCGCAGUUGCCGAGAGAGCAAGUGAACUUGGCCGAAUACGCGAUGCAACUGCACAGGAAAGGGAUGCUGGAGAGAAUCGUGGAUCCGAAGAUUGUCGGGACAAUCAGUACAGGGUCGCUGAGGAAGUUCGUGGAGGCGGCGGAGAAAUGCCUGGCGGAGUACGGGAGUGAUCGGCCGGGGAUGGGGGAUGUGCUGUGGAAUCUCGAGUACGCCUUGCAGCUUCAGGAGGCGUCGGCUCAGGCUGAUCUGUCCGAGGAUAAGACUUUACUUCAUAUUCCUGUCGGAGAUUCCGAUGUGCCGGCGGCGAUUCCGACGUGAACGUGUGCUUUUUCUUUCGGUCUAAUGGGCCUUUUUUUUAGAAAGACUGUUUUUUUUAUUUGAAGGAAAUUGGGAUUUUUUUUUUUUCUGUUUUUCUUUUUUUUUUCCUUUUUUAAUUCCAAUUGUUUGGUUGUUUUUAUUUGUAGAUUGUGUUGUGCAUAAACUUUGCUUU